GUGAAUUUGAAUGGUAGUUGAUGUUUGUACUAUCUCACAUGCAUGUAUACGCAUGUCAUUACGUGUUACCAUUCCUUCAAGAUCUCUCUGUUUAGAGUCUAUCUGAAUUUGCUCAGCACACAGAAUGGGUUCCAAAUACAGUUUGGUUGCACUUUUCCUGUUACUUCUCCACCCUGUGGUUCUCUCAGGACCUACCAAUGGGAUAAUUAGAUUUGGAUUGAAAAAGAACAAAUUUGAUGAAAGCAAAGUUCUCAAAAGGCAUAUUGGUGAAGAAGGAACAACAUUGAGAGAUGAAAAUUCUGAUGAUAUAAGUAAUAUUCGUUUAAAGAACUACAUGAAUGCUCAGUAUUUUGGUCAGAUUGGUAUUGGUACUCCUCCUCAGAAAUUUACUGUUAUAUUUGACACUGGAAGUUCCAAUCUUUGGGUGCCUUCUUCCAAGUGUUACUUUUCAGUUGCUUGCUAUUUGCACUCAAGAUACAAGUCAAGCCAAUCUGCCACCUACAAGAGAAAUGGGUCAUCAGCUGAAAUCCAUUAUGGAACUGGGCAAAUUUCAGGUUUCUUUAGCCAGGACCAUGUCAAGAUUGGAGAGUUGAAUGUAUAUGGCCAGGAUUUUAUUGAAGCAACAAGAGAACCUAGCCUCACAUUUUUGGCAGCCAAAUUUGAUGGAAUUUUGGGGUUAGGAUUUCAAGAGAUAUCUGUUGGAAAUGCUGCUCCCAUCUGGUAUAAUAUGCUACAUCAAAAGCUUGUAGCAGAACCAGUAUUUUCAUUCUGGUUAAACCGCAAUACAGAAGAGGAACAGGGCGGAGAGAUUGUAUUUGGUGGAGUUGAUUCAGAUCAUUACAAGGGUGAGCACACAUAUGUCCCAGUUACUCAUAAAGGCUAUUGGCAGAUUCAAAUAGAAGAUGUUCUAAUUGAUAACUUAACAACUGGAUUUUGUUCUGCCAAGUGCUCCGCAAUUGUUGAUUCUGGAACCUCUUUGUUGGCUGGUCCAACGGGUGUCAUUGCUCAAAUCAACCACGCAAUUGGAGCAGUUGGUCUUGUGAGUCAAGAUUGCAAGGCAGUGGUUGCUCAAUUUGGAAAAACCAUAUUAGAUAAGCUGAUAAAUAAGGCUUUGUCACAGCAGAUUUGCUCUCAAAUUGGUUUGUGUGCUUUUGAUGGUACUAAAGGUGUAAGUAAGGGAAUCCAGAGUGUGGUUGAUAAAAACAUAGGAAAGACAUCUUAUAGUUGGAAUGAUGCUGGAUGCACGGCUUGUGAGAUGGCUGUGGUAUGGAUGAAAAAUCGUUUACGAUUAAAUGAGACAGAAGAUCAAAUCUUAGACUAUGCCAAUUCGCUCUGUGACAAGCUUCCCAGUCCAAAUGGAGAAUCAACUGUUGAAUGCAGUACUUUAUCAAAGAUGCCUAAUGUUUCGUUCACCAUAGGGGGAAAAGUGUUUGAGCUUUCACCGGAACAGUAUAUUCUUAAAGUGGGAAAAGGAGCCACAGCACAAUGCAUUAGCGGAUUUAUAGCGUUAGACAUUGCUCCUCCUCGUGGACCUUUAUGGAUUUUGGGAGACAUUUUCAUGGGUCGCUAUCAUACAGUGUUCGAUUAUGGCAAUAUGAAAGUUGGAUUUGCUGAAUCAGCAUAAGACUGUUAUAUGUAUUUUAAAUUAUUUCCUUGGUUGGGAAGAAACUGUUGUGUCUUAUCCUCACAAUAUUACAAACUCUAAUCUUAUGAUACAUGUUCAUAAAUACGCUUACUAUUGCCAUACAUUAUGUGAUAAAAAAUGAAAUGUUAAUAAGCACCAUACAGCAUAGAUACCAUAACGGAACUUGAAAGCAAAAAUGAAAUCUUUUUGUAUUCUAUUCUUCUA